AUGCGACGGACGAGAGGAGAGGAGGAGGAGGAAAAUGACGAACCCGAGAUCCCCCUCCACCAUAAGCGGCCGUUCGGGGCGGGGCUGAAGCGCAAGAAGAUCGAGUUUGUGCGCGCCACAGAAAGCGACCCCGGCUUGCCAUCCUCGUCAACGUCGUCGGCCGGCAAAGGGAGCCUCGUUGGGGACUUGUACGCGAGUAUCGUCCUUGGGGAAGUCAGCUCACAGUCUGGCCCGGCUUCCAGGACGGAGUCGCCGGGAGCGCCGACGGACGACGACGACGAGCAAUCGCGCGAGCCCAUCAUCUGUCCCGUCUGCGCGCUGCCCAUCACCACAUCUCUGCGCGAACACGAAGCGUCGCUCGCCCAUCAAGUCAGCAUGACACACUCUCAUCCGCCCUCGGGCCUCGACCGCACGCGCAUGGGACUGCGAACCUUGCAGUCUCAGGGCUGGGACCCGGACGCCAGGCGCGGGCUGGGCCUGGAGGGCGAAGGUCCGCGGUAUCCGAUCAAGGUAGCAGCCAAGGAGGACAACCUGGGCAUCGGAGCGAGCGCGCAGCAGGCAAACGAGGACGCGAAGAAGAAGAAGAAGGAGAAGGAAUCCGAGGCCCCGCCGCGGCAGCUGACGGCCAAGGAGAGAAAGGCGCUGGCGGCAAAGGAACGACAAAGAGCCGAGCGCCUGCAGGCAGAGAUCUACGGACGUGUUGAUGUGGAGGGCUACCUCAGGGGGAACGGCGCGGACAAUGCGAUAUGA